AAGCCCAUCAUUCCAUAUAUCCAUUUUCCUUCUGAAAAAUAAUUAUUCUCAUCCAAUUCCAAGCGCUUCCUCUCUUUUAUCAAAUCCAACGCACAACACGCAAUCUUUUUUUCCUCUCCCUCGAUACUUUGGGAAUUCGGAGUAAUCAUGAUCAGCGUUCUAACUCAGGAGCGUCUGUUGGGCGCGGCACUCGGCACCGUGUUGACUGGAGUGGUGAUUUUUGAGCAGCGUAAGAGCAUCUAUAACUCCAUUUCUCCGGCUGAACCUCAGCCAAGAGAGCCUAUUUUUGGAAGAAAGUCUCGCCUAGAAUUGGCACAUUUAUGGAAUAAAUCUGUGGAUAAGACGUUUGGACCUCUCAUUCAGUUUUUGAGCUCACGCGGAUGGUAGGGAUGUUCCAAGGAUAUUGCCACUGUAUGAAGGUUGUCUUUGUUUUGGGAGAUUCUGCAGCAACCAUUUCUUGUUUCAAGAGAGAGAUCUUAAUGGAGAACUAUACACUGAAAGUUUGGUGAAAUAACUAUUGUGUUUUCUUCUUCACAAUGAGAAGCUAGUGUAUAAUUUAGCCAUAUUUUAGUGUCAUCUAUCUCCUGUUGUCAAACUAUUUCUUACUUCUUCUAUCUUUCUGAAUAUCUAUUUACAGAGUGGAAGAGUAUUGUUUGCAAUUUGCAUAUGGUAUAUCAUGCAGCA